CCUAUUAGGCAACGGUGCGUGUUUACAUGUCCCGCCCCUUUGCAAGUUUAGCGUAAAUGUGCUCAGUCUAUGUCGACUUUAGCAUUAGCAGCAUGCUUUCUCAAAUACACACUAUCACUAUCUAUAAAUAGAGGCCAUGUUUAUAGUUCCUGCAUGUAUGCAAUGACAGUAUCUUGUUUCCACAGCUGCACACAGCCAAUAGCCAGCUAUUUAAGACACGAUCGCGCUAUUUCUCCAAUGGCAACAUGGACCGAUCGCCCUCCUGCAGCUGUUAAAGACCUGAGCAGCCUAUUCCCCACUCAUCAGAGUAGAUCAAUGAUGGCAAUUUUUUAACUGCGCGAAAGAUAUCACUCUUGGCCACCGACACAGACAUGGGGGCGAACGCCAGCGCGUAUGAAGAGGACGAUGAAACCAUUACAGUAAUGAAAGGCGUUAGGUUGACAGAGAAUGUCAUUAAUCGCAUGAGAGGAGCCUCUGCAUCAGCCAACACACAAUCACCACCCACAAUCCCAGUGCCUUCACUUCCUGCCCAAACUACAGCACCUCUGCUACCCCUCUCUGCUCCCGGGGAACCUCCUCCUCUCCCUGUGGAACCUGCUUCUGCGUCUCCUCCUCCCUCGGUGGAACCUAUUCUAUCUUCUCCAUCUGCAGAAUCUGCUCUUCAGUUUGCUCAUCCUCCUUCUGUGGAACCUGAAUCUACUCCCUCUCCUCCUCCUCCUCCUCUGUCUGUGGAACCAGCACCUUCUGCCCCUCCUCCUACCUCUGUGGAACCUGCUCCUCAGCCUCCUCAUCCCCCCUCUGAGGAACCUGCUCCAUCUCCUCUCUGUGUUGAAACUACUCCUUUAUCUCCUCCUCCAUCUGUGGAACCUACUCCUCAGCCUCCUCCUCCUCUCUCUGUGGAACCUGCUCCUUCUGCCCCUCCUCGUACCUCUGUAGAACCUGCUGCUGCUCCUCCUCCUACCUCUGUGAAACCUGCUCUUCCUUCUCCUCAUCCUUCUCUGGAACCUGCUCCUUCUUCUUCUCUCUCUGUGGAACCUGCCCCUCCUCCUCCUCGCCUUGUGGAACCUGCUGCUCCUGCCUUUGUGGAGCCUGUGUCUCCAACACCAUGUCCUGUUGUGAGUGAGGAGGAGCUGUGCAGGACCGUCACGCAGGAGCAGGAGCUGCAGAAGGGCCGGGAACAGCACAUGAGCCUAACGGAGCUGGAAGUACAUCAGGGGGUGGAGCAGGAGAAGGUGCAGGCGCAGACGCAAGUGGAGGAGAGGUUUGCGGAGGAGAACCUCAAACAGUCCAUCCUGGCAGACCGCACUGCCGCCCAGGAUCACCGGCUACGAGCCCAUCUCUAUGCCCAUCAGCUGGAACAGAGGAUCAGAGAGCUGAAGAAACAGGAUGCUCUCUACAGGGAGCAGGUGGCCAAGCUGGAGUGGAGGGGGAAGAGGUUCUACAGCGCCAUCACUGAAAGCUACCAGAAGGCAUCCAGGGAGGUCAGUGCCAAGUUUAGGCAGAACCAGAUUAACCCCGUCUGUGCUGACCUGCAGAGGGAGAUUCUGAAGUGUUACAGAGAGAACACGGGACAUACGCUCUCCUGCUCCAAAAUUGCCUCUCUCUACCUGCAGUGUGUCACUGAAGCUAGACAGAGUAAGACGAGACCAGGCGAUUAGUGUUGUGUGUUCUGCACUACACUGAAGCAGCCACACCCCUCUUCUCCAUGGAGGUGUUACCAUAACAACAAGAGGGAGGGACACACUGCGACCUUACACAUCCAGCAGGGGUGCAGGUCAUCACAGUGAAACAGAAGCCUAUUUUUUUGCCCCAGAAUGUUUGGCUAUAUUUACAGAAUAAACUAUCAUCUUGUAGCUUUUUGUAGAGGGAUUGAUAUGCAAGGCUAGAUCUGGAAAUCGUCUCAGUAGCCAACCUUAAAUGUCAUUUUGACUGACAUGCACAUUUUGCUGGUAGCCUAACCCAGACAUUAAGAUAUUUUUCAAUUGAAAUUGCCUGAACAUAUUUCACAGGGGAAACCUGGUUUUGGUUAUGUAAAUAGCCAUAAGGCGGAUUUUAAUGGUGCAAACCUGUUUAAAUCACAGCAGAGGCAGGUGCACUGCUGGGCCAGAAUUGCCUCAGAUCUGUGCCGGAGUCACAGGCUAUCUGGAAUAUGCAUUCUGAUGAUAAAAAUGUAUUUUCAAUACAGCCUUAAUUCCAAAAUGCCCUCAGCAUACUGGAGGAAUGAGCCACAAGUAAUUGCUAAAAUAACUGUUUAGUUAAACAGCUAUUUGGCUUGGCACGCUGUUUGGUUGGUUUACAUUUGGCAACAUGGCUCACCAUUACGUUGAUGUGCGAACGAAAGGCGUAGCCUAUUUUGGCGUAGCCAAAUUUGUAGGCUACUACCUAAUGUAAAUGGGCUAAUAUCAAUUUGAUCUCUUGCAUCGUCGUUUGGAAUACUGAUUUUUGAUCAUAUUUGUCUCUAUUCUGUUCAGCCUAGAAACUUUUUUUAUCCAGGAAAA